GUAACUAACACACAACAUUUACUUUAAUGACCUCAAUUUCAAAUAUAUCCACUUACCAGCAAGCACCACCCCAUGCAUAUAUAUAACGCAUAGUGCUAGACUGUUAGCCAUAUCUAUUCAGAUUAUUAAUUUGUUGAGGUCUAUUUGUUUAUAACACAGGCAAAAAAAUGGCAAGUUUCGGUGGAGUUGUUUCUGCUCGUGGCUCUUCUUCUUCUUUGUUUAUGAAAAAAGAUCCGAGGAAGAAGAGAAAUCAAAGUAGACUGUUCAAGAUUAACUGUGUGUCUACUUUCUCCGCAGAUCCUUACAAAACUCUAAGGAUCAAUAAAGGGGCUUCUGAAUCGGAAGUGAAGAAGGCCUUUAGACAACUAGCACUACAGUAUCAUCCAGACGUGUGCAAAGGAAGCAACUGUGGAGUACAAUUCCACCAAAUAAACGAAGCAUACGAUGCGGUGAUGGCUAGUUUAAGGCAACAAGAAGAGGAAGAAGUGACACCGACAUGGGCUAGUACUCCGUCCGAUGAUGAAACUAUGAGAGGGAUGUUUGAUCCAGAUUACGAUAUGUGGGAAGAAUGGAUGGGAUGGGAAGGUGCUGGCAUUAGAGAUUACUCUUCUCACAUCAAUCCUUACAUAUGACAAUUCUUGAUGCUAUCUAGUAGUGUUCACUGUAUAUAAACUAAACCAUACUUUGGUUAUGUUUCAUGUUUGUAUAUAACUUAAGUGCAAUGUUAUUGUAAGUUCUGGCCGGCCAGUUAACAAGGCAGGGGCUAUUACUGUAAUCAGUCUUGUAAAUUGUAAUGAAAUGAGUACUUCAGUUA